ACAUGAAGCCUAAUCCACAAAAUUUGUUGAUUUUUGUUAAUUCUGUGGUGCUUCUUAGUUUAAAAAUGUUAAAGAUUUUGGAAGCACCAAGUAAAAACUCUUUAGAUUUUCGGUUUUCACACGGAUAGAACUAAAAAACUACUUGUGAAACUGUACAAGAUUAUAAAAAAAAACAUAAAUAAAUUGAUCUUAACCGGAUAGAACCAAAGGAUACAUUAAAUCCUAAACCGGCCUAGCUCAAUAAAGAUCUAAACCUUUGGGUUUCUUUCUUUCUCUCACUCUCUCUCUCUCUCUCAAAACCUCCGAUAAUGGCCGGAAAAUCCUUAAAGGCAUCUGGCCGGAGCUCCGAGAAUCUCAACCUUCCAGAAUGGCCGGAGCCCCGAGACUCUCAGCAUUUCAGAAAGUUACGAAACGGAGCUCCAAUUGAUUUACAAACCAUUUAAAACCUCCGUCGAUCUCUUUCAGCAACAAGCAGCUCUCAGUUUCUCCUCCGUUGGUGGCAUUGGCUUAGACCCUUCUGUUUCCAAAGACCUCGUUGACCGUGCCAUGUUUAUAGCUCACGUUACUCCCUUUUACCCGAAGCAACUCGCGGCGUUUCCAGCUCAAUUGACUGAUUUACUUCGUGCUUAGCAAUGCGUUCGGGGAUUCGAAACCAUGCUGCACAAGAUUUGAUUCUUCUAAUGAAUCGAAAGGAAAAUCCGCUGCAAUUCAUUACGGCGCUGGGGCAAUUGCCCCUGAUUUAGUUGUCAAGGAUCAGGGAUUUAUCGAGGCAACCAAGGAGCCCGGUAUAACUUUUUUUGUAGCUAACUUUGAUGUAUCUUUGGUCUUGGAUUCCAAGAGAUUUCUGUUGGAAAGGCCGCUCCUGUUUGACUGUAAUCACCAUGAUAAACCAUGCUAUUGGAGCAGCUGGAGUUGUUAGUCAGCAAGAGUGUUUUGGAUCAAUACGGGUAGACCAUUUUGGAUUAACUUUUGUCUAAGACCCAACAGAAGAAAAUCUGCUCGCAGAUUGGUCUGUGCACUUUCGAUGGUUGAAAUGGUGUCAGGUAAAGUUCCAAUGGCUUCAUUAAUGUUACAGAGAAGUUAUAAUCCGUAGACAUUGCAAUUAAGUCCAAAUCUUCAUCUUAGAAUGAUUUAUUUUUUCGGGGCCUGUUCUUAUUUAGUAUGAUUCUUUUUUUUCUUAUCGCUGAGUUUGGGCAUUGAGUUGGUGGUGGACAAGGGAAACGCCAAAUUGUCUAAUAAUGUUGGAGCUGCAUGUUCUGCAUGUCAGUUGUGUGGAUACAGAGCCAGUUGAGGCAGAACAUGACUCAAGAGCCUAUAAUUAUAUUGACACAUCAAUGAGUUUUAACAGCUAUGCGAGCUCCUUCCCAGCCCAAUGGGAGAGUCUGCAGUGGACUGUGCACAAACUCUCAACAAUGCCCGCUGUAUCACUCACCAUUGGAGGCAAAGUUUUGAUCUUGCUCCAGAGGAGGUUGGUGAAGGACCUGCGGCAGUGAAUCAGUGGCUUUUAUUGCACUCAAAUGUAAAUACGGUUGGGGUUGGUUUUUGUAUGAACAAUCUGUGUCUCAACUCUCAAGUGUUGUUUUUAUGUUUUCGGGAGUUAAAAGAAAGACUUUGUAGUUUUGAAGGCAUUUUGCUAGGGUAGAAGAAUUGAUAAUUUCUACCUUAGGUAAAGAAGCAAACCUAUCUUUGUUUUGUAUCUUCUGAUCUUUCCCCAUCAUCUUCCAUGUUAACAAGAUGCGAUUUCAAACUCAAACAAAUCUAUUCAAACCUCAGAAAAAAUCACAAAAAAAGUUAAAAAUGUUGAACCCGACCGAAAUCCCAUGUCUAAAUUAAAGACCGAACCGGAGAAAACCAGCAUCAGGACAAUAGUUACAAAAAGUCAAAACCCUUGUCAAAACCCUUACAAGACCAAACCCACUUACACCAAAAAACAAAGAAACGAAAAAAAAAAGGCUUGUCCCUAAAUUGGAAGCAAACCCUGUCGUUUCUACCACCCAAGAAGAUAACGGCGGCGAUGGCGGAUAUCUUACCACCGUUAACGACGAAAGAAGCCUUUGAGAAAGUUGAUAACUCGAACCUCACUCGUCCUGUUGGAUAUCACUUCGUCGAUAACGAAGCUUGCGACUUCUUAAAGCGUGGUUAUUUCAGGGGUUUAAAUUUAGACUACUACCCUGCCUUUUUUGAUGAAAAGCUUCAUAUCAGUGCAAGGACGGAGCCAGAACAUUAUGAGCUUGGUGCCUCCUACUACUUUCACCCAAAGCUGGAAUUUACUGGAUAUGUUAAUACUCAUGGUGGACUAACUGCGAGUGUGAAGGCCAUAACUGAUAAUUUGAUUAUUGUUGCAAUGACUGAGCUGAGAAAUGCACGUUUGUACAUGGCAGGAGCGGGCUUUGAAUACUUGGCUCUAAACUACAGAGCUCAACUUCUACUUGGGAGCGAUAGCGAUAUCGGCCUAUUUGGAGCAACAUAUAUCCAGGUAAAUUUGCUACUCACACGUGUGACACCUCGUCUAUCUUUGGGUGGUGAGUUCUUCUGGUGCAGUGUGUAUCCAAAGUUAGGUUAUGCUGCAAGAUACGAGACGGAUAAGAUGGUCGCCUCUGCGAAAAAAGGUUUCACUCGCCACUGAUUUUGAGUACAGCAUCUUUUCAAGAGAUGAUGUUAUAGCUAGUGUUGGAUAUGAAUGCAAGAUUUCUAAACAGUCUACUGUCCAGGGAAAGAUUGAUUCUAACGGUGUUGUAUCUGCAUUUCUUCGGAAAAAAUUAACUAUGGGUCUCGAGUGUCUUCUAUCUGCAAGUUUGGGUCGUAAGAACAGGGAUCGCAAGCUUGGUUUGAGCUUAAUAUAUGGUUAAGAACUGCAAAAAAGAUGAGCAAGGACAAAGACUACAUAUAAUGUUAAUGAAUGGAGAAAAGAAUUAACUAGUACAGAGUAGAGACUCUUUUUUUGUUUAGGUUAGAUUCAGAUAUUGAGUGGGUUAGACUGGUGCAACUGCAUUGUCAAGUGAGUUAGCAAUUUGUUAGCCUGUAAAUAUUUUCUUGUUUUCCACAAGAACUAAUAUAAUCUACUUCAUUCCUCA